AUGGCGUAUUCGCCAGAAAUAGAAUCGUCGUUACCCGCGAUCCAAAUUCCCCCAUCUCGUCACCUCAUUCUUCCAUUCAAUCUCCGGCACAAUCGAGUCUUUGCCGAGAAUUCUGAGCUAUUAUUCCGCCUCUUUCCCGACACCAAAGGGGUGUGGUUUGAUGGCUAUUUCUUGGUGUUUUGGCUCGGUACCUUGCCGCCGAAGCCCUGGCCCAUUACUAUUGCCGGUGUCCAGCCUUACUUCACGACUGAUCCCAAUGAUGACGGUCCAUCUCCGCCAAUAAAGCGCUCGAGCAAAUCGCGCCUUCGCGUGUCCGCUGAAAUCGACGCUACCAACCUUCCCCCCGCUAGGAUUGACGAUGCAUUUGAGCUGGUCUUUGACUUUUUCGCUAACUCUAAAACUUCGAUUACGGAAGUUCAGUACUGGAACAAUUUCUUUGUUAUUGUUCUAGAGAAUGAGGACACUGAUCUAGCCGAAGUUCCUUGUGCCAUAGGACGCUGUAACUGUUUCUACCUAUUCGAGAAGGAGAUGGGACGUCCAAAACCAAACGAAUUUCAGGCCCGCCGGAUCCGUGAUCCGACGGGCGAUGUCAUCAACCACAGCGAGCAUGAUAUAUUGCGUCCUGGUGUCAUGUUGAGCUCUGGAAUGCAUCAUACCACUCACAUUGAGUAUCAUACCACUUCUGGCGUCCUGGUUGAAGAUUGUCUAGGCGAGAGGUAUAUGACUGCCUUCUCCGGUGGUUUCCCAAAUGGCGAUAGAGUUUUCCAUCCGUGCGGCGUGGGAAAAGAAGUCGGACAGAUCAUCAAGGAAAUUCCGCAUACUGAUGUCACCCUCGUCAAACUGCACGACAAUGUCCACUUUGUCAAUGCAACUUUCAAGAGUCCACUUGACGGAGGAACACCUACCCAAUUGAAGGAAUUCGUCCCAGUUAACCAGGUACAGAUCGGCUGCAGGGUCUACAUGAACAGUCCACUCCUUGGUUACUCCGAAGGUACGUGUGGUCCGCAUGGCCGGAUGCGCGUUCCGAGUGAUGACCCCAACGAACCUGAACUGCAAUGGGUCAAGACUCGCUGGGUCUAUUUGGGUCAAGGAUUCAUCGACCACCUCGAAGACGGCGUUUGCGGAUCGGUGAUCUGGAAUGACGAUGGAAAUGUCAUUGGAUUCUUCCGUUAUGCACCAAGGUCAGGGCAUUUCCUGGACUGGUGUCUUACUGGCGCAUCUGAUAAUGUCAUCAAACGCGGGUUUAAGAUUGCAAGAUAG